AGUGCAGCCAGAGAAGGGAGAAACAGUGCAGAGUCUCCUCAGAUACAGAAUUGCAUAGACAUGACUGACACUCAGAGCGUCACAGUUCUCUUGGUGGCUCUUCUAACUGUUAUGUUAGUUGUCUCCUAUGGGAAAUAUGCAUGGAGAAGAAGGAAGAUGCCACCUGGACCAUUUCCUCUGCCCUUUUUAGGGAACUAUCUGCAGAUUCAGUCCGAGGGAGUAGUGUCUGGCUUAGUAAAGAUAUCUGAAAAGUAUGGCCCCAUUUACACUUUUUACAUGGGCAGCAGACCCUUUGUUGUUCUGACUGGGUACCAAGCCAUAAAGGAGGCACUAAUCGACAUGGGAGACGCCUUUCUGGAUCGAGGAAAUAUGCCUUUAGUUUUCCGUAUCUUCAAUAGUUCAGGGUUAGCUCUAACCAGUGGAGAGACCUGGAAGCAGUUAAGGCAGUUUUCUCUUAUGACUCUAAAGGAUUUUGGAAUGGGUAAGAAGAGUUUAGAAGAACCCAUACAGGAGGAGGCACAGCAUCUUGUGGAGCACUUCAAAGGCUUAAAUGAGCAACCGUAUGACCCAAGCAACACUCUGACCUGUGCUGUCUCUAAUAUUGUGUCAAAUAUACUGAUUGGAACACGCCAUGACUACAAUGACAAGAAGUGGAUGCAAAUUCUCGAAGAAUCAAGUCAGGCUUUUCAUAUUGUCUCAUCAAAGUGGGGUCAGUUAUAUGAUAUGUUUCCUAGGAUCAUGGAAUGUUUACCUGGACCCCACAAGAAAUUGUUUACUCUUCUCAAACCACUUAAAGAUUAUAUGAAGGAGAAAAUCAGGAUUCACCAGGAGACACUGGAUCCUGCUUCUCCACGAGAUUACACAGAUUGCUUCCUCAUCAGAAUGAAGCAGGAAGAGAAGACUCUCAAUACUCCUUUUAAUAUGACAAACCUCACAGAAUCUGUAUUUGACAUGUUUUUAGGGGGAUCUGAGAGCACUACAAUUACAGUGAACUUUGGUUUCUUGAUACUGAUAAAGUACCCUGAGCUACAAGAUAAAUUGCAUGAGGAAAUUGAUCGGGUGAUUUGCCAAAUACGACAACCUAGAGUGGAAGAUAGGAACCAGAUGCCAUACAUGAAUGCUGUUUUACAUGAGAUUCAGAGGAUUUCAAAUGUCUUUCCAAUGGGCAUUUUUCGAUGUACCACCAGGGACGUGAACUUCCGUGGGUUCUGUAUUCCCAAGGGCACAGAUGUCAUUCCCAUGUUGACAACAGUCUUACAGGACCCAGCAGAGUUUGAGACUCCUGGUGAAUUCAACAUUAACCAUUUCUUGGAUGAGAGUGGCAAAUUUAAGAAAAUAAAUGGAUUUCUACCAUUUUCUACAGGAAAAAGAUCAUGUGUAGCUGAAAGUUUGGUGCGUCUGGAGCUUUUCAUUUUCUUCACUGUCAUCCUGCAGAAAUUCACCCUGAAAUCUACAGAAGACCCCAAAGACCUUAAUAUCUCCCCUGCGGAAAGUGGCAUUGAAAGUAUUCCUCCUUCCCACAAAAUCAUUUUCAUUUCUCGUACUUAGGCUGCAGGAAGGGAGGGUUAGGGUUUGCACCCCCGGGUGGGGUAGGGGUAGGCUGCGGGCGAAGGAGGGCUGCUCUCCCCCGUCUCCCCGUGGCUCUCCCCCGUCUCCUCCACUUCUCCUCUAAACUCCCUCAUGUCCCUCAUCUCAACCCAACUUUUUUAAUUUAGGAUUGAGUUGGUUGGAAAGGGGGACAAAACGUGUCGGAUUUGACCCCGUUUACGACAGAAGCACGCGUAUCGGCAGCUAUUCCGCCGAUCCACAUGCUUUCCGACAAGUCGAUUUACCCAACUUGUUGGAUAAUUUUGGGGUGUAUUGAAUAGGUCGGAACCCCAAUUGUCAUGAGUGGUUCAUUGGGGGGUAUCCAAUUGCAGACGAUCCGUUUUCAGUUGGUGAAAAUGGACGGAUAUUGUGAUUAAUGACUAAUGGUUAUUAUUGCGGUAUCCUAUCACAAGCCAUUUUCAUUGGCUACAAAUGGACAAGCGAUUGAACAAAAGCACAUGGGAUCGCGGAUUAAUGCCCAUUCCCAUGUGUUACGUGGGCUCCGGCAUCUGUUUAUAGUGGAUUAUGCCUGAGGUACCCGAAGCAUAAUCAGAUAUAAGUGGUGGCAUUGGGGAGAUGGGGGGGGGAUGGCCAUCCGCAUUGGGGCUAGUAGGAUAGCCCCCGGCGACACAAUUAACUAUGGUUAUCGACUGCAGGUAAUUGGAUACCCCUCAUUGUCUCAGAGUGCAAAGCAGCUUUCCAUAACAAAUGAGGUGCAAGUUGCAUAUAAAAUCUUCAGUAUAACACAUGAAAUACUGUGGAUACAGUACUUUCAGUUUGGAAUACUGUAUAUUAUAAUAGAUUUCUUUGAAGCAGUGGUUCCCAAACUUUUUUGAGUCACGGUGCCCUAGAGUAUCAAAGAUUCUUAUUGAGAUAUUCAGAAAAAAAAUAUUCAAUUCAGUAAAUUGUGUUUAUAUAUCAUCCUUAGGUUCAGUUAUGUGGUGAGGGACAGGAAUCGCUUCUGUUUGUGUCCACAUAUUUUAUGAGUGGAAGCCACAAGCCCUGGUAUUGCCUAUUACAUUGAUACCGUAUUAAGGAGAGACUAUAAAUAUUAGAGUGUUAUAAAUUACUAGGUGACUCAUCGUGCCCUACGGGCGUCCUUCACACCGUAGCAAGGGGCUACGUCCCCUUAACCCUUGCACGCCCUUGGGGCGUGCAAUAUUUUUAAUAUAUGGAGUAUUACAUCCAAUCAUAAUUUUUUGAGUGGUUAAAUAUUGCAUGGAUAAAGGACGUGCGAUGGUUAAGGGGCCAUAGCCCCUUGCAAUGGCAUGAACAGCGCACGCAGGGCACGAUGAAUCGUCUAUUAGGUGCUGUGGUUAGGGGAGUGGUGGGUUCAGGGGAG